GUUGCAGGGAGACAUGUCUGGCUGGGGGGGCUUCUUCUUUUCUCUCCUUAACUACAAGACAGAGAAGUAUGUAAUCGCUGAGAACAGGAGAAUCGGGAUAUUGUUCAGACUGUAUCAGCUGGCCGUGCUGGGAUACAUAAUCGGGUGGGUGUUUGUCGUGAAGAAAGGGUACCAGGAGAAAGAGGAGGCAGUCCAGACUUCAGUUAUCACCAAAGUUAAAGGAGUCUCUCUGAUCAACUCCUCACAGACAGGACCUUACCUGUGGAGCGCUGAGGAUUAUGUCAUACCUCCAAACGGUGAGCAGGUGUUCUUUAUCGUGACCAAUUACAUAGAGACUCCUAAUCAGAGGCUGAGGUUCUGUGCUGAGAGUCCUAAGGUGCCUAAUGGAAGAUGCCAAAGUAACGAAGACUGUCUUGAAGGGGAGAACAUUGCAGCUGGACACGGAAUAAUGACGGGCUUGUGCUUGAACAGGACUGGAACUUGUGAAAUUUAUGCUUGGUGUCCUGUAGAACACAGCAAAAGACCCAUCUUUGUGUCUUCUGCUUUAAGAGAACCCUUACUGAGUGAAGCAGAGAACUUUACCAUCUACAUCAAGAACUUCAUCAGGUUCCCAAAGUUUGAUUUCUCCAAGUCCAAUGUCCUUGAAACCUCUGAUGACAGCUACCUGAAGAAAUGCUCCUACCACAAAGAUGACCAUCCUUACUGCCCCAUAUUCCGCCUCCGAGAUUUGAUCAGCAAUACUGGACAUGAUUUCCAAGACAUGGCUGUUAAGGGCGGCUCUGUGGGCAUUCUUGUUGAGUGGAACUGCGACCUGGACAGAGACUCCUCGGAAUGUAACCCGCAGUACAGCUUCACACGACUAGACAUGAACCUGAACGAUUCUGUCACAUCCGGAUACAACUUCAGACAUGCCAGGUACUACAAGGAUGAAAAGGGAGAAACAUUUCGCACUCUGUAUAAAGUGUACGGGAUUCGCUUUGAUAUAAUGAUUAAUGGUCAGGCAGGGAAAUUCAAUAUUGUUCCCACAAUAAUUGCUAUUGGCUCUGGUGUUGCUCUGAUGGGUAUAGGAGCCUUUGUUUGUGAUAUGAUUCUGCUGUACAUGAUGAACACCAGCUCCUUCUAUAGAGAGAGAAAAUUUGAAAUAAUAAACUUCAAAAAGGAGAAGAGCAAAACAAAAGAAGGCAUUUACCGGGAAAGGAGAUCAAAGAAAACGGCUGCAGAGAAAGACGCUGCCAACUCGGUCAAGAAAACGGAUAAAGCUGAAGUCCUGGAGGAAGCGGCUCGCUCCGAGGACAGACGAGGUCCCACCAUUCCACGCAACACAGGCCAGAGAUACUCCGCGGUUCUGUCCCAGCAAGCCACAGAGCAGAAGCACCACAUCACUUUUGCUUCACCUAACUAGCUGUGUGAGGAUCAGCCAAACAGGUGGACACCAGACUUGUGAAAAGUCUUGUUGGCAGGAUGCUGACUGAAGGACAAUGCUCUCAGCUGCGGUCCAGAUGUUUCCAUCACCGCCAUUCAAAGAAACCAUAGCAGGCUUCCCCCCAAGCUGUGAUGCUGAUUUAUCAGACUGAAUACCAAAAUCUGUGGCCACUAUAACACGAUAGGACCGAAAUGGAUUUUCCUAAUAACUAGACUAAUUGUUGUUUGCAUUAUAAAUGUAGAUGCACACAAAACAAGGUUUUAUUUAUUUAUUUAUUUAUUUUUUGUAAUGAUGCAGUUCUCCAGGAAGGAUUCAAAGUUCUACACCAAAUGGCAGAGUUCAGGCCUCUUAGAAGAGGAGAAAAGAAGGAGCACGAGGUUGAUCGGCAGGAGGAUGCCCGGCUGCAGGGACACAACAACAUAUCGAUGUGUUUGAAGUUAAAAAGCAAAUCUUUUAGUCUCCAGAUGGGUCCAUGUUGCUGCUCUCACUCAUGUUAAGAGCUCUGGAUUUCCUCUGUAAGCCGGGCAAUCAACUAUAAUAAAAAUACUUCUCAAGUUCA